CGAAGUGUGAAAAGACUAGUUAUUUCUGCUUAACAAAUUUGAAGUUUGGAUACGAUUCAUUGGACGAUAUAAGGCUGUGUACUUUUUAAAGUUUAUUUGCAGUUAAUGCGCUCAUGGAUUCUUGCAACAAUAAAGACUUUUAUAAUUGCUGUAGUUGUGCAACUUGCAUUUUUUCUGAGUUAAUAAAAAUUGGUGAGUGUAUCCUGAGUUCGUGGUGCACGGACAACAUCAAAGCUCUAUUAAUGAGUUUGAUGAGUAAUCCUUAUUUGAAUAAGUUACGAGAUGAUAUUUGUAAACUUGUGGAGUUAAACAAGUCAAAAGACAUUCUUUACUCUAAAAUGAGGUUAUAUGGCUGUAUGGAUUUGAAUCUUGCUAGUGACAAACGGAAGCUUCUUUCACCUCAACAUAUGGAUGAAGUUGAGACCCGAGUUAUAAAUUACUUAUCACGUUUACCUCUAGUUUAUCAAAGGCUUUUUAUUCUAUAUGUUUUGGUCGGUAGCAGUCCGUCUAUGACAAGUUCGAUCAGCUCUGAACUUCACAAAAAUUCACUACGAAAAGGUGAUUUUAAGACUCGGGAAUAUGAAUCUUCAAUACAACUGCCAUGGAAUAUCACCUCAAAAAUUAAGUCAUUUGUUAACAAUCAAGAAAAAAAGGUUGCACGUAAAACAAGAGGUAGCUCUUCGACCGAACUUCAAUGUACGUCAUCACUGUUUCGAGUUGAUCCACACUUUAUGAGAUACACAUUAGUACCAGUUCCUGUAUGCCCAAUUCAGUUGAGAAGUAAAAUUUCAGGUGAACCAAACUCUGGGUUAUUUAAGGAUCCGCGGAUAGUUACAGGGAGUAAUGAUAAUACAUGUAGCCAAGGGAAAAAAAUGCAUUCUGAUUCAUCUGAUGAUUGGAAUGAUUUAAUACAAAAAUCAUGGGAUUCAAUAUCGUAUGAAAUAAAACAAGCGUAUAAUAAGAUAAAAAUACGAUAUGCUUUGAUGUUUGAAAGAAAUAUCUACUGUGGACCAUUUAGCAUUUAUGUAUUGUUAGAAAGGCAACCAAAUCAACCAUUAUGCAAACGACGUGUAAUACAUGUAGAUAAUAGAAGUCAUUGGUUAGCUCAUUGUGAAGGACGAUCUCAACAACGUACAAUUAAAUUUAUAGAUAUUACUAUGAAGUCAUUUUGUGAAAAAUCUUCAUCUAAUUGCAUUCAUAAACAAAAUGGUAAUGUUAAUCAAUCCGGUAGUACUGCUGAAUUUAUGGCACAUUUAAAUCGUGUUUGGUUAAUUGGACAUGCUGGAAGUGUAAAAACAUUAUGGUUAGAUAUUAAACUUCAAAUUUUAUUAUCAGGUAGUUAUGAUACAAGUAUUCGUUUAUGGAAUCUAUCUGAUAAUAAUAAUAAUAAUAAUAAUAAUAAUAAUAAUAAUAAUAAUAAUCAACAUUGUUUAAAUCAACAAACAAAUCUAUUAAAUCCUAUAAGUUUUAGAAAUAGUCGAUCAAAAUGUAUUAGAAUAUUUCAUGGUCAUACAGAUACUAUACUUUGUAUUUGGUUAGAUCAAACUAAAUUAUGGUCAAAAUAUAAUAGAACAUCUGAAAAACGAUCAUAUUCAUCUUAUCAUUCAAAUAAUAGACAUAAUAAUAAUAAUAAUAAUAAUAAUAAUCCAAGUGAUGAUGUUAAAAAAGAAGGAUUUCAAGGUACAUAUCAAUUUGCAAGUGGUUCAGUUGAUCGUACAUGUUGUAUCUGGAGAUUAGAUGAACAAAAACCAUUAUGGAUUAUGAAACAUUCAACUCCAAUCACAUCAGUAGGCUUAAGAGGAUACAUUUGUACAACUGGUGAACAUAGUGGACGUAUAAAUGUAUGGAGAAUUGGUAAUAAAAAACCAAUUUUAAUAAAGGUAUUGACUGGUCAUACUGAUGCUAUUACAGCGUUACGGUUCGACAACUAUCAUUUAGUCACAUCAUCCAAGGAUAAAUCUGUAAAAAUAUGGUCUAUAAUUGGAGAAUUCUCCGACUGUAUAGGUACAUUAGUGCAUACUGGUGAAGUGUUAUGUGUUGAAUUGAUUGAUUUAAGAAUUAUAACUGGUUGUUCAGAUGGUCGUAUACGUGUAUGGAAUUUAUUAACUCAACACUGUCAAAGAAUAUUACCGGGAAAUUAUCGUCAUGAUCCAAUUAUAAGCAUUAUGCCAUUGGAAAAUCGAUUAAUUGUUAAUACACAACACAAUAUAUUAGCUUUAAAUUUUGAUACUGUAAAAUGGGAAUAUCAUGAAUCAGUUGAAGAUAAAGCGGAAGAAUUUUGGCUUAAAUCAAUUAAGAAUAAAUCAAAUCAACAGAAUAACAAUUCAUUACACUCUAAGCCUAGUUAUGCUGAGUCACGAUAUAUUAGAUCAUGUUUAAUUAAUUCAGCAGAUCCAAGAUUUUUUAAACAGUCAAAUAUGAUAGGUGUAAGGCGUAAAUCAGCUUGUCGAUCUUUAAGUGAACAUUCGAAGUCAAAUAGAAUAAGUAGAAUAUCAUCAGGGUCAUCGAUUCAAUCAAAUUCUAAUAGAUCCGAUGAUUUGUUACGAAAUAGUAAAAAGAAAUCUUUUGAAUUUGAAUUUUUAAUAUCACCACCAAUACCGGGAACAUAUGCGGUGAAGCACAGGUUUGAUUUGAUUUCGUUUUUAGGCAAUAUUUCUAACUGAUAUGUCUUGCCGACUUUUUCCAAAAUCCCCGUCUUGUUGUUUUGUAAGCUACUUUUUAUAUUUGGUCGUCACUGAUUGUUGUAUCGGAAACACUUAUCAUUUAUACCUCUGAAAUCCCUACGACGUGAAAGUAAGAACACAAAGACUGGUAUAAGUGAAGAUUUGUUAACCCCAAAACACGACGAUACUAGUCAAAAAUACGCUCAUUGAUUGUGCAAACACUUUGAUUAAUAAUUAGGAUGAAAAAUACUCAGUUAUGACAAAUCAUAUGCUGAUCAUAGUUCAUGUCAAUUGAAUACACGAAUAUUGUAUGUUAUACAGAAUAAGUUAUCAUACGAGAAAACAAAACAAGUACUUCAUUGAGUAAUCAUUACAUCGAAUCAAAAACGGAAGUAAUGUUGAACAAGAUUCAUAAUGAGUAAAUCAAUCGAAUUUUGAUUUUCCUUCCCAUCAUAUCACCUUCCCUUCUUUUUUUUUGAAGAUUCAAAGUUUAGAUUGUGACUUUACCCUCCCCCACGAAAUAAUGUUGGGUCCUUGUAUUCCCAAGUUACAGUUAGUGUGACUCUAUUUGAAACAAGACAUAUCACUAACAUAAACAUAUUGAUUUUAAUGCUGAAUAAUAAAGGAAUUUUCUUACUAGCUAUUAACAGUAUUUAAUUAUUAUAAGCAAAGAUGGAUGGUGUCUAGCAGUGGAAUUCAGGAAGUACGUUUCGUCCAUUUCGGAACUCGAUAACCGGACGUAUCUGUAUCCCGCAGUUGAUGUUUACUCCAGGACGCGAGCCCUGUAGGACGAGACACGUUUCCUGGAUUCCACUGCUAUCUAUCAUUGAUGUUUGUUUAUAAUGCUUUUGAUUUAAGGCAAUAUCGAGGUGAUCCGCAGAAAAUUCAUAUAUGUCAAUGAGAGACUGACCGAUUACAGUCCUAAAAAUCUGUGAGAAGAUUCAAAUAAACAAUACUACGUGAAUUUAAACUAUUAUAUUUGCUAUUUUUUGGCUUUCAAAAUGAUAGUAGUUUGGUGCAUAUUAAGAGGACCCAUCUCAAAAGGAUUCAUAUCUAUGUUACAUGCAAAUGAAAAUAAAGUCUGAUAAGAAAAAUUCACCUUUUGUAUUAAUUAUCUUGAGUAGAUCUAUAAAAAAGAAGUCAUUUUAAUUUACAUAUAUGUACAUUAAAAUGUUAGAAAAUAGGCCUCAUAACCAGUUUUAGGUUUGAAGUUCUUCUCACGAAUGCGAAUAAUAAUAAUAAUAAUUUUCGCGCUAAAAUCCAAGACCUGUUAUCUUAAAUCUGAUUGAUUCAUCCAUAACUUGUAGUCUUGCCCCUAUUUGUUUUUUACUAACAUUCUUCAGAUAUCUUUCAAAAAUCUUACAAUUCCAGUAUAGGGGUUGUGGAGAUUAUCAAUUUCUUUAAUUGAGAUCAUGAACCGAUUAAUGUUAGACCACCGUUGGAAACCU